CAAAGCGGGUCCAAGAUGGCGGAGGCGGGCGCGGGGAGCCCGCGCGGCGGGGACGCGGCGCCGCCGGGGCCGCCCGAGGAGCAGGAGCUGAGCCGGCGCCUUCGCCGCCUCUACCCCGCCGUCAACCAGGACGAGACACCGCUGCCGCGCUCCUGGAGCCCCAAGGACAAGUACAACUACAUCGGCCUCUCGCAAGGCAACCUGCGCGUCCACUACAAAGGUCACGGUAAAAAUCACAAAGAUGCUGCCUCGGUCAGGGCCACUCACCCCAUCCCUGCAGCCUGUGGCAUUUAUUACUUUGAAGUGAAGAUCGUCAGUAAAGGUAGAGAUGGGUACAUGGGAAUAGGACUUUCUGCUCAAGGAGUCAACAUGAAUAGGCUUCCUGGAUGGGAUAAACAUUCUUAUGGGUACCAUGGAGAUGAUGGGCACUCCUUCUGUUCCUCGGGGACAGGGCAGCCCUACGGCCCCACGUUCACCACUGGAGACGUGAUUGGCUGCUGUGUCAACCUCAUCAACAACACCUGCUUCUACACAAAAAAUGGCCACAGUUUAGGUAUAGCCUUUACAGACCUCCCUUCAAACCUCUACCCUACAGUGGGUCUCCAGACUCCAGGAGAGAUCGUGGAUGCCAACUUUGGGCAGCAGCCCUUUGUGUUUGACAUUGAGGACUACAUGAGGGAGUGGAGGGCGAAGAUCCAGAGCACCAUUAAGCGGUUUCCCAUAGGAGACAGGCUGGGAGAGUGGCAAGCCAUGCUGCAGAAUAUGGUUUCGUCCUAUUUGGUUCAUCAUGGGUACUGUUCAACAGCAACUGCCUUUGCCAGAGUCACAGACACCACAAUCCAGGAAGAGCAGACCUCAAUAAAGAAUAGACAAAGAAUACAGAAGCUAGUAUUAGCAGGCAGAGUGGGAGAGGCUAUAGAAGCCACCCAACAGCUCUAUCCUGGCCUCCUAGAACAUAACCCCAACCUGCUCUUCAUGUUAAAGUGCCGGCAGUUCGUGGAGAUGGUGAACGGCACGGACAGCGAGGUGCGCUGCUUCAGCGCCCGCAGCCCCCGCUCCCAGGACAGCUACCCCGGCUCCCCCAGCCUGAGCCCCAGGCAUGGAUCCAGCAACUCACACCUUCACAGUACUGGAGCAGAUAGUCCAACCUGUAGCAAUGGAGUCAUGUCCACAAAAAGCAAACAGAGUCACAGUAAAUACCCAACACUGAGUUCAUCAUCUUCAUCUUCCUCCUCCUCUUCCCCUUCAUCUGUGAACUACUCGGAGUCCAAUUCCACAGAUUCUACCAAAUCUCAGCAGCACAGUAGUACGAGUAAUCAAGAAACCAGUGACAGCGAGAUGGAAAUGGAGGCUGAGCAUUACCCCAACGGAGUCCUGGAGAAUUCAUCCACCAGGAUAAUGAAUGGCACCUACAAACAUGAGGAGAUCCUGCAGACAGAUGAGUCCAGCAUGGAAGACAGCUGCCCCCAGAGGCAGCUCUGUGGAGGGAACCACGCUGCCACAGAGAGAAUGAUCCAGUUUGGGCGGGAGCUGCAGAUCCUGAGCGAGCAGCUUUGCAGAGAGUAUGGGAAGAACACCAUGCACAAAAAGAUGCUUCAGGAUGCCUUUAGCUUGUUAGCUUACUCAGACCCUUGGAACUGCCCUGUCGGCCAACAGCUGGACCCAAUCCAGAGGGAACCUGUGUGUGCUGCUCUCAAUAGUGCUAUUUUGGAAUCUCAGAACCUGCCAAAGCAGCCCCCGCUGAUGCUCGCCCUGGGCCAGGCCUCGGAGUGCCUGCGGCUCAUGGCGCGCGUGGGGCUGGGCUCCUGCUCCUUCGCCAGAGUGGACGAUUAUUUGCACUGACAGGAGCUGCCGUGGAGUGCUGCCCUUCACCCUCUGCUGCUGCCACUCUGCACCACCACCUCCCUGCCACCAAGCCCCUGUAGCACACACACACUGCCCGUGCCAGGACGGAGCGAGUCCCUCGCUGUGUGGCUGUUGUGACCCCGGGGAGUCUGGCAGGGCUGAGCCAUCUCCCUGCCGCUGCUGCCGCGGCUCCGGCGGCGCUCAGUAUUUCGCUGGUUAUUCUAAUGUAGCACCUUCUGAUGUAGGGAUUUUUCUCUUUUUGUUUUGAUUUGAGUUGUUUCUCAUGGUUCCACCCAUGUUUUAUCUGGAGAGUUUUGCUGAGCUGGUUUAUGCUGAUUUACUGAGGAAGCUCAUCAAGUUGGUGACAGCUUGUUCUUUUCUUCCCUUCUCCCUCCAUCGUGCACAUACAGCAUCAUCCGUGCUAGUAAUCAGAACUCUUCUCACAGUGGCAGUUCAGAGGGUUUUUUUUUUUUUUUUUUUGAAUCAUGUUUAUUAAAAAGGUCUCUUCCACCUCCACAAAGUCAUUGAUGUAUUUAUUGCCCACAGACUCGGUCCCAGCCACACACACCAUACAGCCCCUCAGGUGAGGUAGGUCCUGUCACACACUAAUGAUGGAAACUGGAGGAACGUGGUCCUUCAUGGUGUCUCUCUUCAGAGCCCAAGGCUCUCAAUCUUGGCUUUGUGAGUGGGAAGAGUAGAAGAUUUACAUUGCCUGUGUUGGUGAUUGUGCUGUAGAAGCAUCUCACAGCCCUGAGAAAGAGUUAAAUCUAGCUCUCUGAACAGCUGGAGGGACAGGACUGAUGAAUGUGAAGUGAAGUCAUCUGCCACUGUAUGGUAGAACCAGCUCCUGUGAGUUGGCCAGAAACAUCCGUGGGCGAUGCCCUGGUGGGCUGACAAUUUUUCAUUAAAUAACAAAUCCCCCAUUUUUCUCCAUGGAGGAGGGCUCUGCCACUAACUCAGUAAUAACAGUAUUUCCUGCCCUCUCCCACCUCUGUAACACUGAUCUAAAUGAGCACUUCUAAAUUUUGGAAGUGCCUGGAGAAACCUGGUCUGAGCUGUGCUCGUCCUUGCAGGUGGGACAAGCUGAGGUCAGGUUGCAGGUUGGGGUCAGUACCAGCUCUGUGGGGCCUGAGCCAUUCAGAAAGGAGCAGCAAUGUUUCUUUAGGGAUUAUUAAGAUAAUUAUCAAAGUUCCAAUCCCAAAAGAGACCAGCAAGGAUCUGUGGGUGAGUAACCUCUGAGUAAGAUGGACUAAUGUGUCCGUGCUGUGUGCCAGGCUUAGGGACUUGAGUGCUAAUAAGCAUUCAGACCACCUGGGAGUGUUUCUGAGCUUCUCUUACCUGGCCAGGCUGCCUGGCAGCACUGUGUGCUUUGAAUCCUCUGCUGUACCAUUAGGAGAUGGCAGGUUCAACCUGGCAGGUUCUGCACCAAAUUAAUUUUAGAUCAGUAGCUCUGGGGAGGACCCAAGGGAGCUCAAACCAAACAUGAAUUUUACUGCUGUUCACAAAUUUUUUUUGGAAGGUCAAUGAAAGAUGAACAGGUUUUGUUGAGGUUUGUCCUUGAAAUGGAGGUCAGCCUGUGCCAGGGCUUCAAGCACCAAGAGAGUUUGUGUGCCACUGAGAGGGAAAGUAGCAGCAGCCCAAAGCUUUAAGGAUUUUCUGGGUUUGCAGGAUGGAUUUUAGCUGGCACAUGAGGUCUGAAAUCAAGGCAGAGCAGGGGGCAGGUGCCAGGACAGGCUGUGGCAGUGAAUGUGCAGAUGGUGCUGGAGGUGGUUGGGAGCAUUAUCCCUGCCUUUUGGUGAAGGUGUGCAGUGUGUAGGGGCAGUGAAAAGAAAACAGGAGGUUUAGAGCUGCAGGAGAUGCUUUAAUCAGAUCACUGGGACAGCUGCAAAAAGCAGAGGGAGCUCUACCACAGCCUUUCUUCCAGGGAGACAGAAGCAGAGAGCUGCACCAAGCAGAAUUCAACCUGCCAGUCUGGGGCUUCUCUUCCAGCUCCUCUCCAGGAACAGCUCAUGUGCCUGACAGCUCAUCUGUUCAUUGCCAGCUCUGCUGAUGGAUCUUAGCCCAGCCUGCUGUCCUUGCCUUGCUGCAGGUGCAGAGAGAACUCAGUGGGAAGGUUUCCUUCCCAAAGCCUCAGGUCCCAAAUGUGCCAAGGCAGCAAGUGAACUCUGCCUGGUGGGACUCUCCUGCUGGCUUUCCAUUCCUUAGGCUGACAGCACACUGCUGGGCUCAUUCUGGGUGCUGAGGUACUCCAGGACCUUGCUUUGCCUUCCCCUUUUAGCAGCUUCCUCUGCUGUUGGUCACCACUUGCAGCAGUCUGGCUGCAGUCAGACCUCUCUCUCAUCUUCAUAGCAGCACCAUCUUUAUCUUUCUGAGGGUUUUUUGUUCCUUCUCUUUGUGGUUUCUUUAAGCCAAGUCUCUUCAUCAUGUGUCAUAUUAAUGCCCCAUUUGGUCUCUCAGCAAAGCUUUGCUGACUGUCCUAGAGUCAGUCUACCAAAAAAAAAAAACCCAACCAAGAGAUAUUCCUAGCUAUCUAGUUAUUUUGGUGCCAAGAAAUGUGUGAUGGAUGUUAUUUGGGGUUUUUUAAUUUACUUCCAAGUGUUCUGGGGGUUUCACCAGUGGUUUCUGCUUCUUGUACUCAGAUUCUGACUAAUGUGGCCAUGACUCAGUAUGGGGAAGAUAAGCAUGUUUGUGGUGGGAUGUAGGUCCCAACCUACCCCUGAUUCCUAGAUGGGAUUUCUCAUAUGCUUUUCUCAGGUUGUAUUUCAAAGCCUCUUGCCUUUGAAUCUCCCUGGCUGCUCUUUGAUGGUUCAUGUUAGCUUAAACUUGGAUUAUUGCAGUAGUUUUUAAAAACAGAGCUAAAGUGAAAUGGGGUCUGUAACACUGAAUGUGGCUGUACAACUAACCAGAGGCUACAUGGCAAUUCAAAAGUUACUUUUAUAAAAAUUAUUUGGUUUUUUUUUUUUCUUCCAAGUGCCUCAAACAACCUGAUCACUGCUCCCAGGAGUCCUUCAGUACAGCCAUGUAUUACUGUGGAGCCUGUAGGAGAAACUGCUGGUAUCAUUCCUCAUGGUUACCUACACCUGGGAUCUUCCCAUAUCCUUCCUUCUCUUUUUCACAGUGACAUCUCAGUCUCUCUUCAAGCUGUGUCCUUGUUUUUCACAUUUCAUUAAGGCAUCUUUACCAUUCUUUAAAUAGCUUUGUUCUUGAGGCUGCCUUGAAAAACUGGAGCAACCAGAGCUGCUGGAGGUGGUUCUAGGGAUUGAAUGUAUCGUUUUCCACCUUGGGUAUCAGGGAUGAUGAACAUCUCCUCCUUCAGCAAGGAAACCAGGCUGGAUUGCAGCUGUGCUUUGGUACCUGUCCGUGUUAACUUGUAGCACAGGUUGCUUAGACACAUUUCAGAGUUCUGCUGCCCUGGGGGUGAUGGAGAAGGUGACCUGUGGCAGCCAGGCUGCAGAGCAGUGUGUAAGUGCCAUGAAGCUGUGUGGUGCACCACAUGGGAUCAGAAGUUCUCCCCUUAAGAAGCAGAGCAGACUUGAAUUGUCCUGUGGCAGAACAGAGGUCCCUCACUCUCCAGUCUGGGUGCAGCGAGGCCCCAUGAGCUGGUGACAGCCUGGGAGAAGGAGCAAGGGCUCCUGCUCCACCAGGGGUGCCCUUUGCAGGGGAGCAUCUUCCUUCCAGCCCUGCCAGGGUGAGAGCAGCCUCAGUGGUGGGGCAGGAGAGGGCAGGUAGAGAGCAAGUGUUGGGUCUCCAGCUGUACCAAGGUGUUUCUGCAUGGAGAUGUGCCAGGGGACACGCUGGGUGCUGCUGGGACCCUUCAGAUCCAGAGGUGGCUGUGAGUCUUGUCCCAUCUGCUGUGUAGGGGCAGAGCUGGAGGAAGUGUUGCUGGGGCUAUGUGAGGGGAGCUACAGCAGAUUUGGGAGGAAAAGGGAGGAGCUGAGAGCCUGGAGACUUCUUCCAUAGACAGCACUAGCUGCUCUCCACCAUCCUUCCCUGCAACAAGAGCUGGCAGGUGAUGGAUGAGUGAACCUGGCAUGUCUGUCCCUCUCCCCACAUCCCAAACCAAAGCUCAGAGCCUGCAGCUUGAGCUGGAGCAGAGCCCAGCAAGCCAGGGCAUCAUCCAGGCUUGAGGAGCACACACACAUCCUGCCAGCUCUUUAUUUCCAGGAGGGAAGCUUAACUCUCUCCUGCUCGCAGGAAACCCACAAGUCCUGUGUGGAAUUUACACUCACAUCACCACAGAAACAUUCCUGGAGACCAUGCAAACCUCUGCUCCUUGCUGAAGGUCCCAUGGCCAGGCAGACACCUUUUCUCUGGUCACUCCACUUGGGUCCAGGCGUGUGCUGGGAUGUUUUUGCUCGGGAAGACUUCAGCCACAUCCUUCCGCCAGAAGGGAGCACAGCUGGGCUUCUCACAGGCUUAGACUUGGAGAAAGGAGAAGCAGCAGCAGCAGCAGCAGCUCUGGGGAUAAUCCAAAUUUUAGAGAAAAUUUAAAAACCACAAGUAUGGUGACUUCCAGACCAAGGACUGCACCAGCGCUGGAUUGGGAUUGUGUCUCUCAGUCCUGCCUGUGCAGUGGGGGAGGCAGGAGGAGGCUGCAGCCCCUGAAGCUCUCACACACAGCAGUGCAAGCCCCAGGACCUGCCCAGCACACAGUGAACUCUCCUCUCCUGCUGGUUGCUCAAAACUCAGGUAUGAAAUGCUCAGCUCUGGAGCACGGGGUGCGAGCUCUCCGCAGGUUUCCUGGCAGCCCUGGAGGAGCAGCCACCGCUGGGCACAGCUCCCUGUGCCACCCCAGGCUUCUCCAGGCCCUUGGAAGGGAGUUUCACCUCUUGGGUACAACAUUGGCUACGUGGACAUUACACAAACUGUGCACAUUGGUUCAGUCUACGCUUAGUAUUUGUGAAUUAAGUUAUCUGAUGCUUCGCAUGAAAACUUCAAAAAAGGGGCUGGGGGGGUGGAUUUUAACUGAGAAAAAGCCUAUGAAAAUAUACUGGAAAUAUGGUAAAGAAAUCGACAUUCUGCUGUAUAUUGACAGAAUUAUUUUUAUUAAAAUACACAUCCAUGUGCAA